AUGAAACUGCUCUCGUGGAAUUGUCGGGGUUUGGGGAGACCCCUGACAAUCCACAAUCUUAAAGGGAUUUGCAAAUCAUACUCUCCCGAAGUUGGUUUUAUGUGUGAAACAAAAAAUCAAUCUCGACAAGUUGAAGGAAAACUAAGAUCUUGUGGUUUCAAGGAAUGGUUUAUUGUAGAUCCGGAUGGAUUAUCAGGGGGUUUGGCAAUGGCAUGGAGGGAUGGUGUUUAUCUCAGUUCAAAUGAUCAACAUAGAAUGGCUCAAUUUGCUGAAUUAACUUCAGUCACCCAACAGUUCGAUGGUAAGGUUGUGUUAAUGGGGGAUUUUAAUGCCAUUUCUAAUCAAUUGGAGAAAGAAGGUGGGGGUGCUAAAUCUCCUUCUUCUAUUGAAACCUUUAAUAGUUUUAUUGAUGAUAAUUCCCUGAUUGAUAUUGGUAUGGUCGGAAGACCAUUCACUUGGUCAAAUAGACGGAGGGGUGAUGAGUUGAUACAGGAAAGACUGGACCGAUUCCUGAUUGUUAGAGAGGUUUGGCAUGAACAGAUUGAUGGUUUAGCCAUGUAUAUCCUAGCUCAAAAAAUAAAGCGUUGUCGGCAUAAGAUUGUCAAAUGGCAGCAAGAACACAAAUCUAAUUCGAAGGUGGAGAUUGAUUUACUACAGUCGGAAUUAGAGGAACUUCGUUUAGCAGGAAUUCAUGGAGGCGACAUCAUUUCAGAAAUAGAGGACAAACUUGAAAAAGCAUUGCAAAAUGAGGAAUCUUAUUGGAAAGAUAAGUCUAGAGUCAAAUGGCUCAAAUCUGGUGAUCAGAAUACAGCUUUCUUCCAUCAGAAAUUUAGAAAUCGAACCCAAAGGAAUAGAAUUUGGCAACUAACUGGUAAUGAUGGUGAAGUGGCUAUUUCAAAUGCUGGUAUUGCUUCUGUGGCUGAAUCUUAUUUCAAGGACAUCUUUUCCUCCACUUGUCAUGAGAACCCUGAACCUCUAUUGACUCAUUUUGAACCUAAGGUUACAGCUCACAUGAAUCGUAGGCUUCAAAGACCAGUGACUAUGGACGAAGUGAAACGCGCAACAUUUAGCAUUCAUCCUCAAAGUGCUCCAGGAGAUGAUGGUAUGACAGCAAAAUUUUUUCAAAGCUUCUGGAACAUACUUAGUGGUGAUGUGUUUCGAGCAGUUAAGAGCUUCUUUUCUAGGGGCAGAAUCUUGAAGGGUUUUAACCACACUCAGAUUUGUCUUAUUCCCAAGAUUUCUGAUGCUAAAGAUAUGACUCAGGUAAGACCAAUAAGCCUAUCUUCAGUCUUUUACAAGAUUAUCUCCAAAGUAUUUGUACAUAGGCUUCAGAGUAUGAUGAGUAGACUAAUUAGCCCUACGCAGAGUGCUUUUAUUAAAGGCAGAUUAAUCUCUGAUAAUAUCCUAAUUGCUCACGAGUGUAUGCAUUACUUGAAGAACAAAAAAAGGGGUCUCGAAAAUGAAAUGGCGCUAAAAUUAGAUAUGAGUAAGGCAUAUGAUAGGGUGGAAUGGCACUUUCUUUGGUUUAUAUUGGAGAAGUUUGGUUUUGACUCUCGAUGGAUCAUGUGGAUUCGAGAAUUAGUGACAACUGUUUCUUAUUCUGUUAUUGUGAAAGGACAACCUUAUGGUUUCUUCAAACCAAAUAGAGUCUCUAAAUCAAAAAAGGCUUCUUUUAGUAUGAUCAAAGAAAAGGUUCGGAAAAGAAUCCAAGGGUGGAAGCGCAAUCUUCUUUCGUCAGGUGGUAGACACGUAUUGCUUAAGGCAGUGGGAGAAGCUAUUCCUAUUUAUACAUUGUCUUGCUUCAAGUUGCCUGAUGGUUUAAUUUCGGAAAUUCACUCUCUACUUUCUCAGUUCUGGUGGGGACAAAAAGGUUCUGAAAGGAGGAUGGCUUGGAUUAGCUGGGACACUAUGACUCGCCCACGAAAAGAAGGAGGCCUUGGAUUUAAAGAUCUCAGAAUCCAAAAUCUGGCGCUUUUAGGCAAACAGUUUUGGCGACUUGUAACACAGCCUACUUCCUUAUUAUCCAAAAUCUUAAGAGGCCGAAAGAUUGUUGAAAAAGGUCUUAAUUGGGCUGUGGGUACUGGUGAGGAUAUCCGAACAUUUGAGGAUCCUUGGCUGCCUCCUCCGUAUCCUUUAAUGAUUUCUAACAUGCCAAAUAGACAGGCUAUUUUUGAGUUGUUUCCAAGAGUUAAAGAUCUAAUUACUGAAGAUAGAAAUUGGAAUCAGAAUCUCAUUCAAGAACUAUUUCCCCAAGACGUUGCAAACAGAAUUUUGUUAGUUAAAAUUCAGCAGAGUAGGGACAAAUUGCAAUGGGAUUUGAACAAAUCCAAGCAAUAUGAUACAGCUUCAGGUUACAGAAUUGGCUAUUUAUUUUACCAUCCGCCUCUGGAGCUUUGUCCUAAUUAUAUGCAACAGAAAAAGUCGUGGAUUGAUCUAUGGAAGUUGAACUUGCCUCACAAAAUUAAGCUAUUUAUCUGGAAAGCUCUCCAUGGCCGACUUCCGGUGCUUGAUCAGAUUCAUCACCGCAUCCCAUCUAUAUCACCAAUAUGCCCUUGCUGUCAUGAAGCAACGGAAACAGUCACUCAUUGUUUGAUCGAUUGCUCUAGAAUUAAAGACGUAUGGUCUCAGAGUUAUCUUCGUGACUGUCUUCCCCCUCAGAGUUCUAACGACUUUUGGACAUGGUGGACUGCAUCAACAGAGAUACUUAACCCGUUGAAGAAUGCUGACCGUAAUCCUCAAUUGCUUGCCAUCAUUUGCUGGAACUACUGGAAAGCUCGCAACCAGUUGAUUUUUGAAGGUUCUACUUCUAUGCCGUCUGCCAUUCUAGCAAGCUCUGUCAAGUUGCUCCGUGAAAUCCAAAGAACUCCUAGUUUAGGUCGUCAUCUCCAUGAGACAAGCUCUUAG